AUGGAGAUCGAGCCCUCACCCCCAGCACCCAGUGUCGAGGUACUGUCUCGCAGUUUCGUAAACUUCAGCAGCAUGAAUGACAUGGCGAGCGCGAGCACACGUACCGCGAUCGCAUCUCACGCAGCGAGACUCCGGCGACAGCAUCGACGCAAGCAAGCUUCUCUGAGUGCUGGUGAGGUCGUCCAUGAUUUCCUGGUCUGGAAGCGGGAUCAGGCUCAAGAUCCGGAAGAUCAAAUUGAUGGUGCAGACCAACAACCGCAGGAAUAUCAGCGACAGCGUACAGUCGCGGUACGGCUGAAUCCUGUGCCUUUACGCCGAGUGCAACCUCGACCAUACAAUAUACUUGGACAAGGCAGGAAAGAUCCGUUUGCCACGUUUGCCGUAUUCGAUCCACCGGAUAUCGUCCAUGAGGUGAUCGAUCAUGCUGUCCACCAUUUCUGGCCAGGCUUCACUCCGGGAAGUAUGCCCAAUUCCGAGAAUCCAGUUGUCACGCGAUAUCUCGAGGCUAUUCGGCAGACACCACUCGCAUUCUACGCCUAUAUGAUAGGCACCGCUGAGAAUUAUGAAUUGCUGAGCGGAAUUGCGAUGGUAAACAAAGCAUUCUCACAGCUCUGCCUAUCCUACCGCGUUGAGAUGAUGAAGUUGAUCAACCUUGAACUUCAGUCUCUGACAGGUCCACCUUCUGAUAACUUGCUUGGCGCCAUCGUGGUGCUUGCUGGUAAUCAUGUUCUGUUCGCCGGUGGUCAGACUAGAGUUGUCUCCCUGGAAAGCGUCAACGCCUCUCGAUUUCGAUCACCCUUAAGGACUGCGCAGUUCAUUCAUAUAUACAGCUCAAGACCUUUUGUAAGCCCUCAUAGCGCAGCCUUGCUACGUCUGACGGCCAUGAAAGGUGGAUGUUCUAAGAUUGCUUUGCCAGGGGUGGCGAGUACCAUUGAACUGUGCGAUCUCGUCUACGCCUCUCAGACGGACUCCCAGCUCCAUUUACUGUCAAUGGACCCACCAAACCUGAUGAGUUUAGAAAAUUUGCGAGUUUCAACUUUUAGCUCCUCACUGAUCGUGUGGACACAGCUGCCUAUCUCUGCAGAUCAGCAAUCACAGCUCGUCCAAGUAGUUGAGGGGCUGUCUCUGGUCACGAAUGCCCUCGAAUGGCACAUUCGCGGAUCCCCACCUAGUGUUGAGUAUUCAGGUCUUGUCAGCGCCCGCAAUGCUGCGCAAUUCCUGUUGCUUAGCCUUUUGCCAGCAGCCCAAGAUGAGCAAAAAUUGUCGCCUGGCGGAUUGCCCGAAUAUAUGUUCGAGAUUGCCCGCCUCAGCCUCAGAAUUUUUAGCAACCUAGUGCUCUUUCCAAUGAAUCCCACUGGUGGCACAGCCAAUCUCUUGUCCCUUGCGCUCAAAGCUGCAAUUUUAGGCUGUACGACUGCCGUUACAGGGCUCGAGUUGUCCGCAGCGUGUAAGAAAAUCUUGCUUUGGUCAUUAGUGCUGGGUGGUAUGCAAGCCGAUGAUGAUCGUGAGAGCAAACAGCAACUCCGGACAUGGUUCUUGUCUCAGUAUAUCGAGUUGUCUUCGCAGGUGAACUUAGUGAGCUGGGAACUGCUCAGGGAAUGCCUCGUGUCAAUCUUGUGGUCAGAAUCUGUUCUUAAUCUGGCUGCGUGGGAAUUUUGGAAUGAUUCUCUUGGAGGCACCUUCAUCCACCAAGACUCCUAG